UCGCCGACGACAACAACAAUGGCGGAAAAGGAUAAUCCAACAAUCAAAAUGCCUUUUCGUGCGGCUGAGGGCGUGUCUCGCUUCUUUCUCUUCGAAGCCCUGCGUGUUGGCUGUGAAGAAAUCGAAUCCACGUCUUCGCAACUCGAGUCUGCGCGUGAUAGAGCAGAGAAGAUACUCAUCAAGGAGUCACCUGUUGAAUUCGAGUCUCUGGUCCAAGAUAUCCUAAAAUCCUGUGCAAAGAGUUUGCAGACACAUGCUGCUAUUGUCGAGGCGGUUGCCGAGACUGUCAAUGGCGGUACCACUCAGUCGGACCAAAGUAGUACAAAGCUGGACAAGUUUAGAUUGCUUGUUGGCCAGAUCAAGGAUGCCGCUGCUGGUAUCGAGCAGUUGAGGAGCGAGCAGUUGAGGGGCGCGAACACAAAACCAGAACAAUCACCUCCACUCCCAACUGAAGUUGAUUUUGACUCGGAACCGGAAGUACAAUCUUCUAAGAAGUCCAAAAGUAGAGAGCUAGAGGCAACCACUCUUCCGAAGAAGAAGACCAAGACCAAGCACACCUCCAACACUUCAGCAUGGGUUACGGAAAACCUCUCAUCCGGGGUUCUGGACGAGAAGUCCAUGAAGGGCAACGGAAAGAAGCUAGGAAGGCCUCUCAAGCCAUUGAAGACGUCCAAAGCUUCUCCAAGAGCGCCCGCUGAGUCCAACUCACCACCUCUAGAAGAAGAGACUGUACAAUCAACCCCAUCUUCCAAGUCUAUUCCUGAGACCAAAGGAACAGCCGACACUCCUAAGACCGACAAACACUCUCACCCAAUUACCCCCAAAUCAGCUCCAGCGAAUCAAUCUUCGGUCGACGAAGAAGACAUCAACGCAGAGGUAGAUGCCCGUCUCGCAGCCAAAGAGCUGAAGCGUGCCAAGAAGAAGGAAGCAAAGAAACGCAAACGCGACUCUGUGGCUUCCGACAUCUUCUCUCCAGAUCCCAAGGCCGAGUCUGAGCACAGAGCAGUCUUGCCAGCANAAAAAAAGGCACGCGUCGAUAACAUCGAUGGCGAUGGCAAAGGAAAGCGUCAGAAUGUUGACGAUGUUCCCGGAAGCAAAUCAAAGGUGAAGAAACAGAAGACUAAUGUCGAUAUCAAGAAGGAGGAGACGACGGUCGAAGCAAACAAGCCAAAGCGUAGACGCUCGUCUAACAUCGCUGUGGCAGAAGUAUCGACUGCUGCUCCAGAGGCUAGAAGCCACAAGAAGCGCCGUGUGGGCUUCUGA